AUAGCAUCGUCAAGUACCAUCUGUCACUGGUGGUAGACUUCAGAGUCUGUCUUUUAAAUAUCUUUUGCCCCAAAACACUGGCACUGACAUAAAAGCACUUCACUAAACUUCUUCUAUCAGAGAGGUUCCAGCACACAGGACUGAUAGAGCUCCAGUAUAUCAUCUCUGAAUGCUCCAGUAUAUCAUAUCUUGUCUAUCAGAAUAGACAAGAAUUCACUGUGAGCUUCACAUCUCAUUACAGCUAAUGGACCAAUCAAAUCAGUCCACAGCUUCAAAACAUCCAAUCAGGCGUGAGUCUGGACCUGGUUUUCUACUGAACUCACAAGUUCAUUACCUCACUAUCACUUUGUCUAAACAGGAACGAUGAUCACACUCUUUGUCGCGCUUUACUCUCUUUUUUCUCUCCGCACAGCUGUAAAAACUUCUGACAUCAAGGAGCUUCAUGUGAAAACAGUAAAGCGUGGAGAAAAUGUAACUAUGGAGUGUAGCAUGAGCAAGGUCAAAGACAAAAAUAAUUUAGCUUGGUACAGACAGAGUUUUGGAAAAGUGCCUCAGUAUUUUGUAAGACAUUACGGGCAAAAUAAUUACAACUUUGUUGAUGAAUUUAAAGAUAGCCACUUCAGUAUGACUGUAAAUGACCAGAAGUUUGAUCUCAACAUUAACGGAACAAGAGAAGAUGAUGGAGGAGAAUAUUUCUGUGGAGAAGUGGAGGGAAAUACAAUAAAGUUCACAUCUGGAACACGUCUGCAAUUUGAAGGUGAAGAGAUGAAACACUCUCCUACACCUGGAACGGUUAACAACAACACAGAUUCUGUUACAGGGUCCAAUGAGGGUUCAAAGAGCAGUGAUGGAAAAGGAGACAACUUUUGGAUUAUUGUCCUAACGACCUCCAUUAUAAUAUCUCUUAUUUUAAUCGUGUUUCUGCUUGGAGUUUUAUAUAAAAAUCAGAGAAAAGGGGCUUCCAACGACCAUCCAGAUAACACAAAUCAGGCUGAUGAUGAAGAUGUCUUGAACUAUGCAGCUGUGAGUUUUGCUAAGAAACCUUCAUCCUCCAGAGCAUUCAGAGACAAGAGCCAUGAAGACGUUUAUGCACAAGUUAAAAUAAAAUAGAUAAAGAGAAAUGACUUCAGAAUUGAAACACUGUACCCCUUUGCAAUAUGUAACUGUUAUUAGUCAUUAGUCUUUCAUUAAGUUUGAAUAGUUUCUAUUAAAAUUGUAUUUGGAAUAUUUUCUCAGCAUUUUCUCUUAUAACAGCACACUUGAUUUAUAGAACGUAAAAAUAUUUAUAUGUUGUAUGAUUCUAAAUCUUCUGUAUCAAGGUUUAGGUCUUGCCAAAUUAUUGUAGAUUUGUACUCAGUAUAUCUGGAAAUUUAAUGCAUUUUACACAUUUACUCUUUUACUUAUGUCAUUUUUUUUCAAAAUUUAAACACUUAUGUGCAAAAGGGCUGAAUAAAAAUAUUCGACUGUUCAAUAUGAAAUUAAGGUCCAGAUAACCCAGCUAACAGGGAAUGUUCUCAGAACUUUGGCUAAUGUUCUGACAAGUUUCAAGCAAAUUUAUGAAUGAACAUUCUUCCAGUAAUGAAUGAAUGAAUGAAUGAGCUUUAUUGCCAUG